AUGGCUGACAACAAGAAAAAAUCUGGUCAUAUUGAAAAGGGAAUGCAAUUAGCUAUUAUAAUCGAAGAAGUCGUAAAUGAUAUACUCGUGGUUAUGUUGGAACAUGAUAAGCAAAUAUUCAGAGGCAUUCUAUUAGAUGCAAACAAAAGAAACAUUCCCCCUGGUAUUUGCAGUCCCUUUGGCCUGACAGGCCAGGCUUCAAUGAAAGAUGAGAGCACAGAAACGGAUUGUGGAGAGAUUGAAAGAGACAUCAAACCCAUUGAUGUUCCAGCUUCAGUUUUUAGACACACAUACUUCCAGCAUAAUUCACCAGUCAAAAAUGAAUUCUCAUCAUUACCAAAUGGACCAUUUCCGAGGAUUGGUGGUAACAAGCCUACAAGAAUAAGAUUGCGUCCAAGGCAGACACUUUGUAGUAAUUGUAAAUCUGCAUGCUUAGACUCAAAAAAGGGACCAAUUCCUUUAUCCGCUGCUGUUGCCUCGCACUCACAAUCUCAAAAUUUAAGGCAUGGAACAGCUCUACCUCAUAAUAUAUCAAAAACAUCUGCAGGAAAAUCAGAAUCUAAACAUAUCAGAAAACGACAGAAAGAAGCAGACAAUAUACCAAAACCUGCCAAACUUGUGAAAGUGAUGAAUGAACCACCUAAGUUGUCAAAAACUAGUCCCUUUAUCAAAAUUUCAAUAGGUGAAACCAAUGUGAUGAAUAUACCACCAAGAUUGCAUAAGCCUGGGAAAGGCGAGUUGUCACCGGAGUUGGAAGACAAUAUAACACACAUAAAGUCUCCUGUAGAUGAGGACAGCGAAGAAGUUGAUGAGGAAGUUAUCUUCAACUUCAAGCCUAGUUUAAUGAGGAAGAAGCAAGAAGCUAUUGAAAUGAAAAAGAAAAGGUUAAAUGUUAAUGCUGACAGGAAAAGCAAGAAAAUCAGACAUAAGAACAAAGCUGAUAAAAAUGACUUUGAAAUUACUCAAAAUAUCAUCAUCACAGAAAAUGUUGACAGUGAAGAAGAAAAGGGUGAAGAUGAUGGUAAAUCUAAACGACCAAGGUUGGUGUAUACAAUACACCACAAUAAAGCUAUUUCAGGUUCUGAUAGUUAUUCAAACAGUGGUGACGAGAAUCUUCCUUUGUCAUCGAAUGAUCAUUCUAGUCAAAUUCAAAACUUGGACGGCACUUCUCUUCAAGAGCAAAAUGGUUGUCAUGUGACAGACAAAUCUGGUGCUUGUAAAGAGUAUCAGCUACGCCAAAGAUCUAAGUCAGUUGAAUCCAAUACAGACAAAGAAAUCAACAAGCAUUUAACAAGUGUUCUGAGUGAAGAGACAAAGUCAGUGUCAGAUAGAAGUGAAGCCGGAUCAGCUGGUGCCGAUUCAAGUUCUGAUGCUGACAGUAGCGAAUACGGUGAUGGUCCCCCGGGGGAUGACAACAACGAUUCUCUUAAACCACUCAUGAUGAAAAUUCACACAAACAGUGUUGAAAAGUGCUGUACUCCUGAAGGAAGAACUUUUCAAGUUGAAGACAUUGUUUGGGGGAAAGUUAAGGGCUUUCCCUGGUGGCCAGGAAGAGUGAUGUCAAUCAAUGUCAGUCAAAAAGAUAAUGGUGUUGUCAUAAGACAGGUAGCUCAAGUGGCGUGGUUUGGCUCGUCAACUAUGUCGCAUAUCCAGUGCUCAGACCUGUACCAGUUCUUGGAGGACUUUAAACUGAGGUUUGAUAGGAAGAAGAAAAGUAGGCCAUACAGAAGAGCUAUUCAGCAAGCAACGAUUGCAGCCCAAAGUUAUGAGUCAAAAGAACUGGUUGAAUUGAAAGAUCUUGAUUUUUCAUGUAUUACUUAGUUGUUCAAUGCUAUUUCUACGCAGUGUUUAAAAUGAUAAUGAUAUUGAACCAUUUCAAAUUAAGUCCCAUGAUUCAAGUCUAAAUGAAACUUAUUAAGUAGUACCGGGGUACAAUGUACUUUAUUGCAGGACAGACCUCGGGGUUGUUGUUUUUUCAAGGAUUUUUAUUGUUGAUGCAGUAUUUGGUUACGUUCCCAAUGCCAAAAAGAAUAGGCUUGAUUUUAAAAAUAUUGGAUAAUAAAUCCAAAUCAGAUUCUUAAACAAAAUAGUAAUAAUAAUAAAUUGAAGUUCUAUUUGAAAAACUGAAGUUUAUUUAAGGUUAAGUGAUAAAAUCCACCAGUUUAUUUAAAGAGCCUUUGAAUGUAUUCACUGUCUACAUUGUUAUUUUCAAGUUUGAUCAACUUUGUAAAAACGACUCCAACAUAACCAAUCCCAGGUGUCAAGGUUAUUUUCCCAAACUGUUUUUUUUCACCAUCUUAUUCAAUAACAUAAAAAUUGGAUGGAAAGUAUAAUUUUAAUUAUUGUACUUAUAUACACAUUAUUAACUUAACAUGUUUUGCUCUGAAUCAUUUGAACAUGUAACAAUUACACAGCGAUAUUAAAAAGGCAAAUAUUUCAUGCUUUUGUAAGUUUAAUGUGCAGCUUUUAUUUAUUAAUAAUUCUGUAACAACUAUUUAUGAGCAUAAUUGAAUUUUGAAUGUACGAAAUGUGUUCAGCUGAAAGGUUUUUUGGAGGGGUGGGGGAGGGCCUGGGGUGGGGGUGCUUUUUUGUACUUGACUGUUAUGUAUAUUAUAGAAAUAUGUUUAAUUAAAGUAGUUCUUAAGGUUUCAACUGCCAGAUGUAUUAAUUUGUAUGUAUUAAUACUGGUUUCAAUCUAAACCAAUGAUAUAUUUUACAGUCUUAAGCAUUUAAUGCUAUGUAAACAGAUGGCACAAAUGCAGGUCUCCACAAGGGCAGAAGGGUGCCAUAAAAAAAGGAUGCUGCUGUCGUUGCAGCAUGCAUCCAUAACUCUUAGCUAAAACCCUUUUAAUAGCUAUUAUAUAUAAUACAUUUGAAAGAUACUAGGUAAUGUAAACUAAUAUCAAUGAAUUAUCGUCGCAUUAAAUUUAAUUAUUGAAAUUUAUUGCAAUAGAAGAUUUCACUAUUACUGGAACAUGCAAUUUUGGAGGGAGUUGUUUAGUUUUUCAAUUUUUUAUCAAGAAUUACGGAGAAUACAAUGUCAUGUAGUGUUAAAACAAUCAAUUAUAAAUUUUUUAUAUAUAUUUAUACAUUGUAACGAUUCUCUGGUGCCCAGUUACAUAAAGAUAUAUUUAUUACAUGUUCAUUUAUAUACAAAGCAUUUUUAAAAAAUGUUUCUGAUGUAUUUUGUCGUUGUGGUUGUACAUGUAAGUCUGGUAAUGAACUUUGAUGUAUUUAUUUAAUUUUUAAAAAAAGCCCAGCUACAAUACUGUAUCAUAAAAAGGAAAUAAAUAGAAAUACCUUUA